GAUAAACGUAAAUAAUAACACAUUAAAAAUUGUAAAGGAAAAAGAAAAAGGAGGACAUUUGGGAACAUGGAACAGGCUGCCUAAUGCCUAACAUUCUUAAACUGGAAUUCUUUUUAUUUUUAUCUCUUUGAUUAAAGAUUUUCUCAGCUGACAAACAACAGAUAUUCGCAGAUGUACCAGUUUGUUGACGGAAGGGAAAUUUUGAAACCACUGGCCAUCCAAGAUUCAAAAUCUCAAAAAAUUUAUGCCCCUUUAAGCAUAAGUGAGAAGAAGGAUAGAAGCUGCGGCAUAGCUCAAACAGAAAGUCAAAGCAGCUUAAGGAUCGUCAUUGAGGAAAGAGUUGGAUGGGCAUCUUGUAAAGAACUGGAUACUGCGAGUAGUUGCUCAGGACAUGAAUCUCCUUGUCCAGUUCCGGAUCAGACAACCACCGCAUGCAAGCACAUCAAAGUUCUUUCUGUUAAAUCUUCUCCUUCUACCAUACUCUCUUUCACUGAGAAUGCAUCUCAAAAUUCUCAUGUUUCACGUGUAAUCGAUUCUGGCCAGCAGCCAUAUAAUGAACCAGAGGCUUCUAGGGUGCUGCAGAAUGUUCAUAUAUCAGCUCGAUUAAUGGAGGAUUUUCUUGAACUAGCUAAGGACAACACAGAGAAGGAUCUGGAAACCUGUGGUGUUCUUGGUGCUUUUCUUGAACAGGGGACAUUCUAUGUAACCACUCUGAUAAUACCUAAACAAGAAUCAACUUCAAAUUCUUGUCAGGCUAUAAAUGAGGAGGAAAUUUUUGCCAUACAAAAUGAACGGUCCCUUUUUCCAGUGGGAUGGAUACAUACACAUCCUUCUCAGAGUUGUUUCAUGUCAUCUAUAGAUCUCCAUACUCAAUACUCCUAUCAGGUAAUGGUGCCCGAGGCUUUUGCCAUUGUUGUGGCUCCUACUGAUAACUCAAGGAGUUAUGGGAUUUUCCGAGUAUCUGAUCCCAGUGGAAUGAGUGUACUGAAAGAAUGCGAAGAGAAAGGAUCUCAAUUUCAUUCUCACAAAGAAACAGUAAAUGGGAGCCCCAUUUAUGAACACUGCACUCAUGUCUACAAAAAUUCAAAUCUAAGGUUUGAGAUCUUUGACCUGCGCUAAAAUAUGUUAAUGUCUGUAAUUAAUUGUGUGCAACCUGCAUGCCACAUAACAGAAUUAGUCUGAUAAAGGAAGGCUGAUUAGAAAGUGUUUCUUUAAAUAAGUGUGCAUACUAUAUUGUAUGUGUAUCUGUAAUAAUGAUGAGGAUGCACCUACAAUGUGUUUUAAUAAAUUACAUUUUCAUUUGUUAUGCAUGCAUUUCAUUCUGUUUAGAAUUAGGUGUUUUACACUAAUUUUAAAGUCUUCCAGAUGCUGCAAUGGGAUUGAGAGGGCCAUAUACCUCUCUCUUGACCCCACAAAAUAUUUUUGAUGUCGCCUGUAAGAGAUAAGAAUUAUAUACCAUAUAAACUCCUUUUCUUAUAACCUAAAAUCACUUUUACCCUUGAAAUGAUCAAUUAUGAUAGAAAACUUGUACCAUGUGAUUCUGGUAUGAUCAACUUUUAUCUACUUGCAAAAACAUUUGUUUUUUCAUUUUCAUUUUCAUAUUCACAUAUUUAAUUUUUUUUACAUAUUAUCUACCUUUGUAAUCCAUAUAUAUUUAUAAAAAGAAGGAACAAUCUUUAAUACUUUUUUUGAAUUUAGUUGGAGAUAUUAAAACUAAGUAUUGUGAUAAAGUAUGUGAAAUUGUGAAUUGUUAGGAGAGGACAGAUUUGAACCUUCUUGGAGAUAGGUGUAGCUAUCAUCAUGUCGUAUUAUACGUUAGCUAUUGCCUAUUGGUUAUUGGUAAUUGAUUGAACAUGCUCAGCUUUGAAAUAAAACUAGUAAAUUUUACUUAUUUAGAAUCUAACGUAUGGUAUCAUUAUGUGUUAUUUUGAUCCCCGUACUGAAUAACACUAGAUUCUUGUCCAAGGGCAACCUAUUUCCUCAUUCUUGGUUCCCUUUCCUUGUCCGGCCUUUCCAGUUUCUAGAGUAAACCAUCUGGCAUCUGCCAUUGCACUUUGCAGAUGAGCAUGCUUUGUUAGAUCAUUGUUGUUUGAUUUCCACCAUAUUAGAUGCGGUAUUAAUGAACGAUUUCCUUGUCCUUUUAUUUUUCUUCUUUAUGGGAUCUUAUAUAAUUCAUACCAAAAGCCUGCAAACACCAUUUCUCUAGGUCUAGGACAUGGAUUGGUUGGUGAAAACUAUCACUAAAACCAUAAUGUGAUUUGAGAUUCCCUUUGGAAAAUUCUUAGUCUGACCCAAACAAAAUGCUUAUAAAAACUGUGAGCAAAAUUGAAAACCAAUGAGGGGUUCAUGUGGGAUUAGGAGUUUCCAGGAACCCAGAUGUGGUACACCGCCUGAGCCGACCGUCAAAAAGGUCUGGUGAAGGAUGGUUGGUUCCUUUGUGAAACCGUUCGGUGUUAAACAAAUUUUUGAUAAUUCUGCUAGCUUUGGCACGGAGUUUAACAGAAAGCAGUGAGCCCCACUUUCAUGUGAACCAAAAAAAUGGUGCUGUCAAAUCCAAACAGUUCCUUUUUGCAAGCAUCAAAACAUUUUUUCUCUGAAAUUUCUUUACACUUUCGUUUAUCUUGUGAAAGUGGCAAUAGUGUCUUCAGCUGAAAACGAUUAUGCAGUCAAAUCCAAGCCAUUAGCUUUAAAGAUGUCAAUUCCCAGGAAAUUUCUCUAUGUGCAUGAAACACUACUUCACCACGUUUGGAGAUGAAGACUUUGCUCCCAAAUUUGUAAUCAAGAGUUUGAGAUAGGGAUACAAUGUGCCUUCAAAGCUUAAAAGAUUAAGCUAUAUUUAUAAAAUUUUCAGUUUAUUGUUUGGUAAUAAAUCAUACUCAAAUUGUCUUAUAACAGAGGUAUGAUCCAAGUUUAAUUCAAUUAUUUUAUAUAAUAUUUUUUAAAAAAUGAAUUAAAAUUACAAUUUUAAUAAUUUUUUAUUUAUAUUUAGACUGCGACUUAAAAAAAAAAAAAAAACAUGGUGAAGUUUACGGGGAAAAGUUACCUACUAUAAAAUUAUUAGGAGCUUGAACUGUGCUUUGAAUUUUGAAGGCUUUAGGUUUGAGGACAAUGCUUUCAAAAGUACAAGUACUAAAACGUUGCCUGCUUCAGUAAAUUAUCUUAUUCUUUGGAAUCAAAUUAGAAUCACAUAUAUAUAUAUAU